UGCUCGAUUUGUCUGGAGGACGUCCAUGAAAAUCGAACAACCAUUCAUCGCCAAUGUGACGGAAAUUUCUGUGAUUCGUGCUUUGGGGCCUAUAUACGACUGCAAAUAACCCAGGGGAAGUGGGAGGUGGAAUGCGCCAGCUGCAGCUUGUUGUUAUCGGAGGAGAUUAUUCAGCGCUUCUUGCAAGACUACCCGUUACUCCAAGAACAUUUUGCCCGCCUUUUGGCAGACGCAUAUACAGAUCCCCUAGUAAAAACCUGCCCCAACUGCUGCGUGUUGACGCGUGUGAAAAAGGAACAAACGAAGUAUUUAGUCUGCUCAGAAUGCCAUUUCCAUUGGUGUUUCUCGUGUCACGCUCCAUGGCACAAGGGAAUGAACUGCAAAGACUUCAAACGCGGCAGCAAGUUGUUCAAAGCGUGGACCAAGAGUACCACUGGAGGAACCAAAAAUGCUCGACGCUGCCCCAAAUGCAAGGUUUUUAUUCAGAGAUUAGAAGGGUGUGAUCAAAUGUCCUGCCCGCGCUGUCGAACCCAGUUCUGUUAUCUAUGCGGUGAACGCAUCGUUCAUAGUAGAAUUUUAGGGGGUCAUUGGAGUAUUUACAGUGUUUUAGGUUGCAGAUAUAUCUACAAACAGAAUCAACCGGUGCAGAGAAAGAUUAUAAGGGGACUUUUUAUGAGUAUCGUGUUAACAUCGCUGCCUAUUUUGGCUGUAAUGUUUCUGGCUGUGUCACCAGCGUACGGAGUUUAUUACUUACACAAGUAUAUCCGUAGGCACUGA